CCGACGUGUGUGCUUCCUGCACACACAAACGUACCAUGUCGAGAGAAGGACUCGGAUUACCACGCGGUAUCGGUCAACGGGAUUACGGUGCGAUGAGUAGCACCACGGCAGGGACCACCUCGGACGGGAACUUUGGCGGCUUUAGCCCGACCGAGUUCAUCUCGCUGAGCGAAUCGAUUGCGGCGAACACAAUCUUCGUGAAGCAAAGUUGGCAGUUUCUAGAGAAGGCGAACCGUACGAUCGGUACGGCAAAAGACAAUCAGUCGCUUAGGGAUAAAAUAAAUGAUAUUCAAACGGGCACGAAUCAGCGGAUCGCCACCACCACCAAAGACCUGCAACGGUUAACGGUGGUUGUGCGCGGUGGCGAUAAGCAGCAAAAGUUGCAGGUCGAAAAGCUAACCUCUGACUUCAAGCAAGUGGUUCAGUUUUACUCCAAAAGCCAACAGAGUAUAGCGGCAAAGAUGAAGCAGGUGUUUCUGGUUAAUGCAUCCCAGGCGGAUGAUCUGCUCGCGGCCGAAGGUUCGGCUGGCAUACCCGGCACGGCCGAACAGCAGCAGGAGCUACAGAAGCAGAAGCAACUUCAGCAGAGCUUACAGUUCGAGCAGGAUAUGCUGCUCGAGCGGGAGCAACGGUUCCGGGAGAUUGAGGCGAACGUGCUGGACGUUAAUCAUAUCAUGCGGGAGCUAAGCAAUCUCACGUCGCAGCAGAGUGAAGUGAUUGACACGAUCGAAAACUCAAUCGGCCGGACGGUAGACAACGUGGAGAGCGGGGCAGAAGAGCUGGUAAAGGCGGCCGAAUAUCAGAACCGAUAUCGGCGCAAGGUGUUGAUAUUACUGAUUGUCGCUGUGAUACUGGGGCUCGUGGUGACCGGUAUUAUCGUGUCGAAGCUGAAGAGCUAAGAAGCCGCUU